GGGUGGUGUGUGUGUGUGUGUGUGUCACAUAACACCACUGGAGAGGAGGACAGGGCAGCAGCAGGACACCUCAUCUCCACCUAUAUUUAGAUGUUUCUCCGGUAAAACCAGACUGUCCGCUGUCUUUCCAAGAAAACCGAAGUCGUGUCGGGGUCGGAGGAGUCCGGGGAACCGCGAUGGCCUCGGUGAAGAAGGACAACAGGCUGACGAGUUCCCAGAGCUUCAUGUGUGUCGGCUUCUCCGGUUUGUUCAGUAAAACCGCCACGUCGCCUCUGGAAGUGGUGAAGAUCAAAAGCCAGGUGGGCACGUUUCACUGCAAGAGGGGCUUCUGGCAAAGCUUCCUGCUGAUCUACCGGAAUGAAGGACUCCGGGGGUUUUGGAAGGGGAACCUGGCCUCCUGUAUCCGCCUGUUUCCGUACACAGCCGUUCAUCUCACCACAUAUAGAAAGAUAGUCCACCAUCAGAUGGAUGAGCUGGGAUUUGUUUCCCAGUGGAGGGCCAUAUUUGCCGGUGGGCUGGCCGGCGUGGCUGCUGCUCUGGUCACGUACCCUCUGGAGGUGGCAGAGACGAGGCUCGUCGUGCAGAACUGCAGACAGCCCACCUACCACGGUGUGAUUCACUGUAUUUCAAAGAUCUACGGAAACGAAGGGCUGCUGGCGCUCUACAGGGGCUUCUCCCUCACUGUCUUAGGUGCAUUUCCGUUUUCUGUCGGGUGCUACGCAGUCUACAUGAACUUGGACAAACUCUGGCAGGAGCCGCCUUUUCGCUUCACUCCUCUGCAGAACUUCAUUAAUGGCUGUGUUGCAGCAGGAGUGGCUCAAACUCUCUCGUACCCUUUUGAAACUGUAAAGCGGAAAAUGCAGGCUCAGAGUGCCCGUCUCCCCCAUCUCGGCGGAGUCCACGUUCAUUUCACGGGGAUGGUCGACUGUUUCAUCCAGGUUGUUAAAAACAAGGGCGUCCUCUCGCUGUGGAACGGACUCACUGCCAACACCGUCAAGAUUGUUCCCUACUUCGGUCUUCUCUUCACCUGCUUCGAGAUGUGCAAGCAGGUGUGCCUUUAUCGCAACGGGUUCAUUGUUUCCCCUCUGAGCUACCAGCUCACUCCGGGAGUCGACCAGAGCCUCGGGCCAUACGAGCUGCAGGAGGUCAAGCGCUACUUGAAAAACAGGAGCUUCAGGUCGGAGAGUUCGUCUCUGGGAAAUCGGUGGUGACGCUUCACCCGAGAAGACUUCUGGUAAAAAAGAAAAACUAUUAAUGACUACUGACCGCGUUCGACCAGCAAAGGAUUUACAACUCACAAGAAAAAGACCUGUGGUCUACCUCUUUCUGAACUUCAUGGUUUUAUCCAACAGUAUUAUGCCUCAUAAUUUCUUCACUGACACACACUUUAUGAUCUUAUCUACUAAUAUGUGCCUUGAGAAUUUUAUAUUUAUUUUAGAGCUGGUUGCAGUUUUUGCUGCAAUAAUGUCAAAAGUGCCAUUGUUUCAUCACACACAGUAGACUGGAAAAUACUACUGUUCUCAUAUUAACAUUGUAGUUAAUCUGUGUGACAGAUUUAUGUAUUAUUUUUUGUAAAUUGAAUGUAAAAAAUUUUGUGCUUCAAAAGUUCGAGUGGAUUAUGUCCAGUCAUGUUCAUAGAACAUGGACUGAGAUGAAGGAAACGUGCUUAAAGCAUUAAAAUGUAUUUCUUCACUUUCGCACCGUUAACGUGGCGUUCUUUU